AUGCGCCAGGAGUGGAUCCUGAUAUCCAUCUUGUACUUCACACUCUGUCUCAGUGUCAGUGGUGAGGCGGACAGUAUCCCAGGCCAGGGGCCACUGAAGGCUCACAGGGCGCGUGCCCAGCACCACGACCCGCCCUAUCUGUGCACUCGUUGGUCGAGCCCGACGCCCAUUACUGCCGAGUCCCGCCCAGGCCACGCCCCCACGGGUCGGCCGGGCGGAGAGAAGGCGCAGCCGUCGUCCCGCCGCUCGAUCCCGACCGUCUCUCGUGAGAGUCGGGGCGCGCGCGAAGCCGGCGCGGUGGGGGUGGGGGUGCGUCCCGCGGUCCGCGGCCGGCGCACGCCGCGCCCCGCCCCCUCGGCACGCAGGCUCCGCGCGCGCGCACGCGCGCGCCCCCGCCGGAGCCUCGGUCUGCCCGCGAGGACCGGGCGGGCGGAGACCGGGCCGCUGAGGGACGGGGGAGGAGCCCGAGUCGCCGCCGCCGCCGCCGCCGCCGCCUCCGGAGAAGAGCAUGUCUGCAACUCGAGCCAAGAAAGUGAAGAUGGCCACCAAAUCGUGCCCCGAGUGCGAUCAACAGGGGAAGCCCUUUGCCAUGUUGCAAGGCAGCUCUGUGAAGAGCCCAAGUGAUGAGGGACUGCGGCCUGCCAACAAUCAAAUGAGUGAGCUUAGAAGUGGAUCUCUCCCUGGUUGAGGAUUCACAUGAAAUUGCAGAACCACACUUGGAUUCCCGACCCACAGAAACUGGGAUAAUAAAUGUUUGUUGUUUUGAUCCA